UAUGCUAGUGCGUUGCACUUCGCUUGCGAGUGUUCCCGUCAUUCUCACAUCCCUUUUUUUUAUUUUCCCUCUUCCAUUUUCCCUUUUCUCUUCUCGGCAUUCUCCUCUAAUUCCUCUCUCUUUCCCUUUGGUCUUGCCUGCCAUGGAUGCCGAUGCGAUGAAGAACUUGACAGAUGACCAAAUGGGCAUGAUGCUAAUGAUGUUGCAGAUGGAAAAAAUGCCUGAAUUCGCAGAUCUUCCGAACGAGUUUUCGGAGUAUCUGGCAGGAAAUUCAGGUAGCUUUCUCCCCACUUCUCCCUCUGUGCCGUGUGCCUACACUAACCCCAUGAACUACCCGGGCGGAACAUUGCCGCCGACGGCCGGAGGGAUGGCGGAGGCCAUGAGAGGUCCGGCCGACGACGACCCCAACGAUGUCCAGAAAAUGAAUUCGAUGGGGACGAUGAGGGAGAUGAUAUUCAGGAUCGCGGCUAUGCAGCCAAUCCAUAUAGAUCCGGAGUCGGUGAAGCCGCCGAAGAGGAGGAACGUGAAGAUCUCGAAGGAUCCGCAGAGCGUCGCAGCGAGGCACCGGCGCGAGCGGAUAAGCGAGAGGAUAAGGAUUCUUCAGAGAUUGGUACCGGGAGGAACCAAGAUGGACACUGCCUCGAUGCUGGACGAGGCAAUUCAGUACGUGAAAUUCCUUAAGACUGAGGUGCAGUCUCUCGAGCAGGCCGCCGCAUCGCAGACCGCCGGUGUCGCCGUGCCGGCGGGUAGGUUCGGCUUCCCGAAUGCGGCAGCGGCGGUGCCGGAUAAUUACAGUGCAUAUCAGAGAGCUUACGGCAGCGGCCAAGCCUUUAGUUCCUCGCAUUUGCUUGGCUACAAUGCUGAGUUGUGAGGUUGUACUGGUGUCGUUAGGAGAGUUCCUCUGCUCGUGUCUGUGUACAUUCUCAGUCUAUGGGGGUGCUCUCUCUCUCUCUCUCUCUCUGUCCUUUUAGGUUUGAGUGUUCAAGGUCGUCACUGUACAAGAGAUGAGGAAAAUUUGAUACUUGUAGAUUUUCUCUCUAUCUUCCGCUACCCUCCCUGCAUUUCUAUUUGGACCUUCCCUUGAAACAUGGGGCACCAAGUACCAGCAGUAAUU